AUGUCAGACGAGGUUCAUGCUUCUGGGUCCGACAACCGAUUGCCCGAGCGGUUGUUUGCGACGGACCGAUUUCCUAUCAACCGUAUCAACGUCUACUCGAAGCCCGACACACUUACAUUUCUUCAUGAUGUGCUUCGUGAUACACCAGAGUUUGAGACAAUUUUGAACUCGCCGUUCGGCCGUUUAUUUGACAUUCCAGCAGCUAGUGCACCGAUCUCAUGUAAGCUCAUCCACUCUCUCUUAACCAUACAGGUUGUCACUAAAAAACAAUACGAGAUCUGGAUAGUGUUUGGUGGACAACCUUUUCGAUUUUGUUUGCCCGAAUUUGGUCAAGUAACCGGGUUGUCCUGUGGCGAGUUCCCUGACGACUAUGCACCAGACUUUCAGCCACCGAAUGAAGUUGUACCAGAUCCAUACUGGCGAGAGCUAAUCGGCAACGACCCCAAAACAACCUUGGCUGACAUCGGAUAUAUGCUUAGAACGGAUAAGGAUAUGCCAAGUAGCAGGAGACUUCGGUUAGCCUUGCUUAUGAUUGUUGAUGGUGUACUAGUUGCUAACACACAGGUUCACAAACCCACUCCCCGAUAUGUUCGGAUGCUGGAGGACCUCGAUGGAUUUCUCACUUUCCCUUGGGGAAGAGAAUCCUUCCUAAAAACUAUUGCAUGUAUGCGGCCUUCCAGGAAAGUCCCAGGAAAAGUAGAUAACCCUGUAGGAGAAUUCCGGCAAUUGCUUCUCCAAUUCACUUUCCGUAUGCAAGGUUUCCCCCUAGCUUUACAACUUGUUGCAUUCCAAGCCAUCCCAGCGCUACACUUAAAGUUACCCAAAGACUCUGCAUAUUUCACAUUACUGGAUUGGGAUGGUAUUAAACUUCGCAAGAACGACUCUCUCUCCAUCCGCGACGUGCUCGACGUCGAGUUUGGUGACAAUUUACUGGUGCAUCCACUUAUCGAGGUCCAGGUUCCUGAUGUCAUUGGAUGGGGUGAAUGGGAUGAUGAGAUACGAGACAGGAAAGUUACAUACUUAGAGGACCUAGUCCGUGAAGGUCAUUCAUUUUCCAAGUCGGAAUGGCCUGGUGGAGAUGCUUCGCUGCCUCUGUAG